AUGAUAGACAAAGGAGUUGUACGAGGAAUCCCAAGAGUGAAUAUCGAAAAGAAGAUAUGUGGAGCAUGUCUACUUGGGAAGCAGACAAGGCAAGUGUUUCCACAAGCUUCUUCCUUUAGAGCAAGCAAGAAGCUUGAACUAGUUCAUGGAGAUCUCUGCGGGCCAAUAACUCCAAGUACAGCUGCUGGAAACCGAUACAUAUUCGUUCUCAUAGACGACUACUCCAGGUACAUGUGGACAGUUCUGAUGCAAGAGAAGAGUGAAGCUUUUACAAAGUUUAAAAACUUCAAGAACUUGGUGGAGCAAGAAGCAGGAACAAGGAUUCAGACCUUCAGGACAGAUAGAGGUGGAGAGUUCUUAUCACAUGAGUUUACUCGGUUCUGUGAAACUUCAGGUAUAAAGAGGCAUCUUACCGCUCCUUAUACUCCUCAACAAAACGGCGUUGUUGAAAGGCGAAAUAGGACUCUGAUGGAGAUGACAAGGAGUAUAAUGAAGCACAUGCAUGUACCAAACUAUCUCUGGGGAGAAGCAAGGAAAGAAGCCAAUUCUCAUCACAUACGAAUUUUCGGGUGUAUUGGUUAUGCAAAGGUGGAGAAGCCUCAACUCAAGAAGCUAGACGACAGAUCGCGUGUCCUUGUGCAUUUAGGAACCGAACCAGGGUCCAAAGCUUACCGACUACUUGAGCCACAAGGAAGAAAGAUAAUAGUAAGUCGAGAUGUGGUGUUUGAUGAAUCAAAAGGAUGGAACUGGAGUCAUAGUAACUCGGCUCAGGGAGAUAACAAAGAGUUUAAAGUGAUAUUUGGUGAGUUUGGAAAUCGCGGGAUUCAAGAGAUAUGGGAGAAUGAUGGAAUCGAGAGAUUCAAUGGUGAAACUAAGAUGAUUGGAGGUUCUAAUGACGAACAAGUUGAGAAUAGCCCUAGCUACAAUAUCGCAGAGACGCAUGAGGAAGAGACAGAGGAUACAGAGGAUACAGAGACACAGGAGAGUCCUGAAGUAGAACUGAGAAGAUCGACAAGAGAAAAGUUUACACCGAAGUAUCUUGAAGAUUAUGUGCUACUUGCGAUCGAAGAAGGAGAAAGGUUACUUUUGUGCUUGAACAAUGAGCCAAAUAACUUCUAUGAAGCAAGAGAAUCUGGAGAAUGGAUGCUCGCGUGUGAAGAUGAGAUCCGUUCGAUCGAGAAAAACAAUACGUGGACUCUUAUGGAGUUACCACAUGGUGCUAAGGCAAUUGGAUUGAAGUGGGUGUUCAAGCUCAAGAGGAACUCUGAUGGAAGCAUUAACAAACACAAAGCUAGGCUUGUUGCCAAGGGAUAUGUUCAACGUUAUGGAAUAGACUUUGAGGAAGUGUUUGCACCAGUAGCUCGGCUCGAAACAAUACGGUUUCUAAUUGGUCUUGCUGCAUCAAGAGGAUGGGAGAUACAUCAUCUUGAUGUCAAGACAGCUUUUCUCCAUGGAGAGUUAAAAGAAAUCGUCUAUGUCUCGCAGCCAGAGGGUUUUGAAGUAAAAGGGAGUGAGAACAAAGUCUAUAAGCUCCAUAAGGCACUAUACGGUCUGAGGCAGGCACCAAGGGCGUGGAACAAUAAGUUGAAUCAGAUUCUCAUGGAACUUAAGUUUGUUAAGUGCUCAAAGGAACCAUCGGUUUAUCGCAAGGCUAUUGGUGAUAGUCUCCUCCUUAUCGCCGUGUAUGUUGAUGACUUGUUCGUUACAGGAACUAACAGAAGGAUCAUUGAUGAGUUCAAAGACGAGAUGGCCACCAAGUUUGACAUGAGUGACCUCGGGAAGUUAACAUACUACCUCGGAAUGGAGGUGAAACAACACGAUGGUGGAAUAAUGCUUAACCAGAAGCGUUAUGCGUUGAAGAUCUUAGAGGAAGCUGGAAUGGAGAACAGUAAUCCUGUUCACACACCAAUGGAGUCUGGACUGAAGUUGUCCAAGGCCGGAGACGAGACAGAUAUUGACGCCACCCUGUUCAGAAAGAAUGUUGGCUGCCUACGAUAUUUACUUCACACAAGACCGAACUUGUGUUACAGCGUGGGCGUGUUGAGUAGAUACAUGCAGAAUCCCAAAGAGUCUCAUGGUGUUGCCAUGAAACAAUGUUUAAGGUAUCUACAAGGCACAACCACUCUGGGACUAACCUUUGAGAGAUCUACUUCAAAGGUACCAAGGUUGAUAGGUUACAGUGACAGCAGCCACAAUGUGGAUCCAGACGACGGGAAGAGCACAACGGGCCACAUAUUCUAUCUUGGUGAAAGUCCUAUCACGUGGUGUUCUCAGAAGCAAGAAACAGUUGCAUUAUCAUCGUGUGAAGCAGAGUUUAUGGCAGGUACAGAAGCGGCGAGACAAGCAAUUUGGCUCCAAGACUUGCUUGGUGAAAUCACUGGUACAACGCGUGAAAGAGUUGUUAUUCGCAUUGACAACCAGUCUGCAAUAGCUCUCACAAAGAAUCCGGUGUUUCACGGUCGAAGCAAACAUAUACACACGCGGUAUCAUUUCAUAAGGGAGUGUGUCGAGAAUGAGCAAAUUGAAGUCGAACACGUUCCCGGAGAAAAACAAAAGGCGGAUAUCCUGACCAAAGCAUUGGGAAGAAUCAAGUUCAAGGAGAUGAGAGAUCUCAUGGGAGUUCAAGAUCUAGAGAAGACAGACUUCAAGCUUAAGGGGGAAAAUGUUGAAGUAAGCUUGAAGAAAGCUUGA